GACUCAAUGGUGUUCGGCAGGCUGCGACUGUUUAAAGAAUGGCUGGCGCUCCUGCCGCGACUCACAGAGGAUCGCAGGCAGGCGCUCGAGAUAGCUUGGAAGAAGGCCUGGACGGCGCUGCAGACGGCAAACAGUAAAUGGAGCCGAGUCAAAGGCACGCUCACAGCUACAGUCGCCGCGCUGCAAGAUCUAGGAUGGGAGCUCGUGGCAUGGGCGUGUGGCCCAGUGAACCACUGGAAGCAGACCGUCCCGAUAGCAGGGCUUGCGGCCGCCACCGACGCAGUUCGCAUGACCGAGGGCCCACGGGUGCUAGCUGUAGACGCUCAGAGUGUGGUCUCGGGAAUUUCCAGGCCAGUCAUGACAGCGAUGCCCGACCCCGAAGCGUUGGCGCUCAAAUCUCAUGUUGGCGCAUCGCACAACAAGGUCAUGGCCGCCACCGCCGCUGUGCAAGCCAAUGUGGCCGCCUUGUCGACUGCCAUGUCCAACCACGCUGAGAACGUCGACAGGCAAGUGGAAGCCAGGAUGCGUAGAGCCGAAACACAGCUCACCGAGCACGAGGAGCACAUUUCGUCCCUCGGGAAUCAGAUCACGUACCUCUCCGAGCAGAUGUGUUGCAUCAAGUCAGAGGAGCCCGUGGCUCUGGGCGCACUUCGCAACCGUGAUGGAAGUUGGAAGAAGUUCCAGGCGAAGACGCCGAUGGGCCAGGUGGUGGAUCUCUCUGCCAGCGCCGACAGAAAUCAGUUUCAAGUACGCCGUGAACUCGGACGUAAGCUCAUCCGCCGUGAGUUCGAGCAGACCUACCCCGACACGCGUUUCUUCGUGGACCGCGAACGCGGUGAUAUCUCCCUGGCUUGGAAGCGGCUGCCCCGCUACACGCCUGCGUCCGACGGCCCCCCGACGAUCGAGUGGAACAUCGCGAACGUGGAGGCGCUGCAGCUCUGCAAGACGACGCAGUUGGAGCCGCGUGUGCUGGCGCUCUUCCAGACCCCGACGGACGGGGGCGCGCGGUUUCUGCAGCGCGUUUUCGAGGCCCUGGUCGGCGUCCAGCUCCGACAGUGCUUCGCUCAGUUUAGCUGGAAUGCGAAUGCUCUCUGCCACCGCUACCCUCCCACAAGAUCUCAGAGGUUCAAUUACCUCGCCCCCCUCGUGUCUCCGACGAGUGUCGCGGCAGUCCAAGAGACCCGCGGCGCAGAAGAAAAAGCUCGUAACUUGGUUCAUUUUGUUCACAAGCCGCACGAGUGCCACGCCUGUUUCAAGAUGAGCCCCGCCCCUUCUCUAGAGGAGGACGGGGUCUGGAUUCCCGACCCUUGCGCGGCAGGUGCCAUCACGCUGAUCCCUCGGGCAUCGAAUCCUGAGAUUGUCCUGGAGACGUUUCCAGAGUUCCAGGACCCUGGCACAGGUUGCCAGACGCGGCGAGGCGCGCAGGACGCCGCGCGGCGCAAGUGCUUCUCUUCCUUGGUCGGGAUCCAGCAGCAGGAUCCGACUCGCAUCUACGCCCCCAAUGCCACGAUGAGCAUCAUAGAUAGGGCGUUCACUUCGCUUCCCGCUUGGGUGGUCUUACAGCUGAACAUUUGUGGCCAUACCUGUGGUCUGACGGAGGUGGUCUACUCUAAGAAGCUCUCAUGCCACGCUGCUAUCAGAAUGGACUUCAGAGUUGCCCCAAAGAAGGACCCCGACACCAGAGGCAUCCAGGAGGUUUUGAAGCGCCUUUGGCUCACCGAGCAAUCGCACUUCGAGAAACUCAAGAGGCUGGCCCAGAACAUCUCGAAGCUUUCGGGAGAGUUGGACCUCCCUGCGCUGGUCGCUAUCGACUUUGCACAGGCUUUCCCUUCGGUUUCCCACCGCUGGACGCGUUUGAUGUUGAAGGCCAUUCGCCUGCCAGACGCGCUGGUCGACUUUCGGAUGUUGCUGUGCAAGGGGGUCAGCUGUUUCUCGGAGUUCGGGGGGGUCCUACGAUUUAUGUUUCCGAUCAUGUCUGGGAUUGUCCAGGGCUGUCCUGCGUCUGGAACGAUAUUCGCUGUAUGUAUGGACCCCUUUGCUUGUGACUUCGACCGCUCUAUCGAGUCGAAGGCACGGGGCAUCGUCCGCCGUUGCGCGGGCGACGUCGGAGCCGCCAUUUUGAAGCUGCAGUUUAUGGCCCAGCUCUUCAGGAUUUUCAGUGCCGCCGAACAGAUUGCUGCCCUCGUGUUGAAGACCUGCAAUUGCAAUGGCCUGAUGCUUGCUGGGCCGUACUCCGAAGCUCUGGCCAACAAAUACAAGCAGCGUCUUUCUUCGGUGGUCCCAUCCUGGUCUGAAUUCAAAAUCGUCAGUCUCCUGAAGUACCUUGGUAUGUUCCUGGGCCCUGAG